AUGUACCGAGAGUCUACGGGGCCGCACGCCGGAUAUCGGGAAAUAUAUCAUACGGAAAUGGAAAGCGGAGGAAUUACGCCAACUAUUCGAGUUAACAGUGCACCUCAAGUGAAGUCUGCAGCUCAGAGCAACGCGCUCAUCACUCUGCUAGCGGUGGUCGUCGCUGUGGUCAGUUAUCCUGACGUCUACGAGCCAGUAUACAAACCGGAGCCUCUGCCGUACUACUUCAACUACGACGUCCACGACGACUACAAGGGCGCUCACUACGGCAGGAACGAGAAGUCGGACGGGAAAGCUGUCUACGGAUCCUACACCGUCGCCCUCCCCGACGGUCGGAAACAGCUGGUUGAGUACACAGCUGACCACUAUAAGGGCUUCGUGGCCAAGGUCAGCUACUACGGAAAGGCCAAGCACCCCAAGUACUACGGCCCUGCCAUCACCUUCAAGCACAAGGGUGACGGGUACCACUGA